UUUAAAAGUCAAUAGUCUCGCUUUUCCCUUGCAACCUUCUUUCCUCAACUCAAACCAAUAUAUACACCCUCUUAUAUAUAUAUAUAUAGACACACCAAACAUCAACACCAUUAUUUCUGGAUACUAUUCUCUCUCUCUCUCACUCUCCUUCUCUCUCAACAUAUAUAUAUAUAUAUAUAUAUUAUAUGUAUAGGUAUGUGAUUUAAACACACUUCUUAAUUUCUCAAGUGAAUUCUGGAACUUCUAUUCUUAGACUUUUGGUCAGUAAUAUUGAUCGGCGGUGAAAAAAUUCCGGCAAAAUCUGGGAAUUUCUCGGCAGAGGAAAGCAUUGAUUAAGCAUGGCGGCAGCUACUGGAGGAAGAUCUUUGGAGCAAACUCCGACAUGGGCUGUUGCUGUAGUUUGUUUUGUUUUGGUUGCGAUUUCUAUAUUCAUUGAACACAUCCUCCAUCUCAUAGGAAAGUGGUUGAAGAAGAAAAACAAGAGAGCUCUUUUUGAAUCAGUUGAAAAGAUUAAAUCAGAGCUUAUGCUACUGGGAUUUAUAUCGUUACUAUUAACGGUGGGACAAACUACGAUUUCGAAUUUUUGUAUACCGAAAAGUGUAGGAGAUACUUGGCAUCCAUGCAGUAAGUCUGAAGAGAGCACACUAAGUGGAUACGAUACUCCACCUACUUCUGAAGAAGAAGAAGAACAUCGCCGGAGGCUUCUCGGGAUGCCGGAUUCAAACCCUAGUUUUCGACGUGUUUUGGCGGCCGCCGGAACUGAUAAAUGCGCAGCCAAGGGUAAGGUCCCAUUUGUGUCUUCGGAUGGAAUUCAUCAACUCCAUAUCUUCAUCUUUGUGUUGGCUGUAUCUCAUGUCCUUUACUGUAUUUUAACAAUGGCUUUGGGCAGACUCAAGAUGAGAAGAUGGAAGCACUGGGAAAAAGAAACAAGGACGGUUGAGUACCAGUUCUCUCAUGAUCCAGAGAGAUUCAGAUUUGCAAGGGAGACUUCAUUUGGGAGAAGGCACUUGAGUUUUUGGAGCAAAACGCCUGUGCUCCUCUGGAUUGUGAGUUUCUUCCGACAGUUUUUUAGGUCGGUUCCAAAAGUUGAUUAUUUAACAUUGCGACAUGGAUUUAUCACGGCACAUUUGGCACCUCAAAGCCACACACAAUUUAAUUUCCAAAAGUAUAUCAAUCGGUCACUGGAAGAGGAUUUCAAGGUGGUUGUUGGAAUUAGCCCACCGAUCUGGUUAUUUGCUGUGAUAUUUCUUCUCUUUAAUACCCAUGGCUGGUAUUCAUAUUAUUGGCUACCAUUUAUCCCCUUAAUUAUCAUCCUGUUGGUGGGAACAAAGCUACAGGUGAUCAUAACCAAGAUGGGGCUGAGAAUCAUAGAGAGAGGUGAGGUUGUGAAGGGAGUACCAGUUGUUCAGCCUGGUGACGACCUAUUUUGGUUCAACCGCCCACGCCUCAUUCUAUACCUCAUCAACUUUGUACUCUUUCAGAAUGCAUUUCAGCUUGCUUUCUUUGCGUGGACUUGGUAUGAAUUCGGGUUGAAGUCUUGUUUCCAUGCUCAUACGGAAGAUAUAAUAAUCAGAAUCUCCAUGGGGGUUCUCAUCCAGAUUUUGUGCAGCUACGUAACUCUCCCUCUCUAUGCCCUCGUUACACAGAUGGGCUCAACCAUGAAACCAACUAUAUUCAAUGAUAGAGUGGCUGCAGCCAUAAGAAACUGGCACCACACUGCAAAGAAGCACAUCAAGCACAACAAGCAAUCCGGCACUGUGACACCCAUGUCAAGUAGGCCGGGGACACCCCUCCAUGGCAUGUCUCCGGUCCAUCUCCUCCGCGGCUACAGAAACGACUUGGCGGACAGUUUCCAAACAUCUCCAUCAAAUGUGGACAUGGAGCAUUGGGAGACCGAGGAGUCGCCUUCACCCAACCACCUCCACCAGGGUGGCGGUGAUGGCUCGUCGUCGUCUCACCACCACCACCACCACCAGCGUGGCGGUGAUGGCUCGUCGUCGUCUCACCACCACCACCACCACCACCAUAUAGAACUUGCUCGUUACCUAGAACAUGGUAGGGAUGUCCAAAAUAUGGAGCCAAGCUCGUCACAAGUGGCUCCACUUCCACAACCAGAACAACACGAGAUCAGAAUAGGUGCACCAAAGGCCUUUUCAUUUGAUAGAAUAACAAGUAAAUAAAUAAAUUAAUUAAUUAAUUAGUGCCUAUUAUAUAUGGGCAUUGUUUUGUAAAGAAAAACAAUUUUUUGUUUUUUUUUUUUUUAAAUUUAUAAAUAUAAUUAGCUUCCGAUUGUUUUA